GCUGACAAACAUUUCACUUUUCUGUGCGCGGUCAUUGCCCUUUAGCACGGGGCGGAGAGAAGUCAUUGCAAUGUAACGUGAUUAACCGGAGGAGCGCAGGGCAGGAUAGGAAGCAGUGCCGAAGUGACCGUGGAGAUUGAGGGAAGGGGAGAGUAGCGGCACCGCGGCCGGGCACGAUGUUGUCUGUGGCGGUAGCGGCAGCGGCGGGAGCCCUGGGCUUACUGCUGCUGCUGCUGAACCUCUGGCAGCCCAGCCUGCGAGAAGAUGCGCUCUUCGUGCUGAGGUUCGGCUGCUUCAGCUUCAAGAUGCUGAGAGUCUACUUCACCAGGAGGAUAGUCACCGUCCUCGACCGCUUCACCCUGCAGGCCGAGGCUAACCCCGCGAAGACCUUCCUCCUCUACGACGGCCAACCUCACACUUACCUGGACGUGGACCGCCGGAGCAACCAGGUCGCCCAGGUCUUCGCGCAGCCCGGCGCUGGCGUGCGAGCCGGAGACACGGUGGCCCUGCUGAUGGGCAACGAGCCCGACUUCGUGUGCGUGUGGUUCGGCUUGUCCAAGCUGGGCUGCUCGGUGGCCUUCCUCAACACCAACCUGCGCGCCCGGUCCCUGCUGCACUGCCUCGACAGUUCCCGCGCCAAGACCCUGAUAGUGGGAGCAGAUCUAAUUGAUGUUGUAGACGACAUUCUGACAAAUAUGAAGGAGAGCAACAUAGCAGUCUGGGUUAUGGCAAAAAGUUGUACAUACCAAGGGGUGAAUACUCUCACAGAUAAAGUAGAAGAAGCACCUGACACUCCAGUGUCAUCAUCGUGGCAAUCGACACUCAACUUGAAAUCCACUUUUCUUUACAUAUUCACCUCAGGAACAACAGGAUUGCCAAAGGCCGCUGUGAUAAGCCAUCUGCAAUCCUUGAGGGCAAGUGUUGGCUUUUUUAUUUUUGGAGUCACCAAGGAUGAUAUCAUCUAUAUUUCACUCCCUCUGUACCAUGGUUCAGCCUCUCUCUUAGGAAUUUGUGGUUGUAUUGAGCUAGGUGCAACAUGUGUUCUAAAGAAGAAAUUCUCAGCCACCCAGUUUUGGAAUGAUUGCCGGAAGUACAAUAUUACAGUAUUCCAGUAUAUCGGAGAACUGUGUCGCUAUCUGUGCAAUCAACCACAGUCAGAAGGGGAAAAAAAACACAGAGUGCGCAUGGCUAUUGGAAAUGGUAUAAGGACUGAUGUCUGGAAAGAAUUUCUCAAUCGUUUUGGCAACAUUAAGAUCUGUGAGUUUUAUGGAGCAACAGAAGGAAAUAUCUUUUUUAUGAAUUACACAGGCAAAGUGGGAGCUGUGGGACGAAGCACAUCCUUUCAUAAGACAUUUCUAGCUUAUAAACUGGUGAAAUAUGAUGUUCAGAAUGAAAAGCCCAUAAGGAAUGAUCAAGGAAGAUGUGAAAUCGUUAACAAAGGUGAGACUGGACUCCUCAUAUCUUCGGUGACUAAGUGGAAUCCAUUCAGUGGUUAUGCUGGAAACAAGAAGUUUUCAGAACAGAAGCUCUUCAGAGAUGUAUUUACAAAGGGUGACAUGUACUUGAAUUCUGGAGACCUGUUGUCUGAGAGCGAAGAUGGCUAUAUUUACUUUCAUGAUCGGAUUGGGGACACCUUUAGAUGGAAAGGGGAAAAUGUUGCAACCACAGAAGUGGCUGAAGUAAUUGAAAUGCUGGACUUGGUGGAAGAAGCCAAUGUGUAUGGCAUAGUUAUUACAGGAUAUGAAGGCAGGAUAGGAAUGGCAGCAAUUAUCCUGAAACCAGAUCAGAAGUUUGACGGGAAUAAAGUAUAUAACCAUGUGGUGAAAUAUCUGCCAAUCUAUGCUUACCCACGCUUCCUAAGGAUCCAGAAAACCAUGGAGAUGACUGGAACAUUCAAGAGGACAAAAAUCAAUUUGGUAGAAGAAGCAUUUAAUCAUAAAAUAAUAAGUGACCCCUUGUAUUUCCUGGAUACUUCUGAGAAAUCUUACAUUUCUAUGACGGAAGAAAUAUACAACGAUAUUUUGUCAUUCAAAAUAAAAUUAUGAGCCGUAUUCAAAUUUGGCGAAUUUUGAUAUUAUGAUCACAGAAAUCCAAAGUGUUCAUAUGAUUAGCAAAUAAUCUUGUAACAUUAAUUUUAAUAGCAAUUGUACUUUAUCAACAUUUUAUCAGAAGGUGUAAUUUUGCAGGAUUUUUUUAACUUGUACAUAUGUUUAACUUGUGGUUCAGUAACAAACUGCAUUCUUGAUAUUAAAUACAUUUUAAAAAUAGUUAAUAAACUAUUUUAAUAAAAA